AUGAAUGCACUUAUGCAAUUAUACGUAUUCAUUCCAUUGAUCGUGAAGUUUCGCAUCUGUGUUUCAGUUUUAUACUUCGUAUUCAGUUUCCGAUUUGAUCAGAUCAUUUGGUGUAUUAUGUUGAAUUCUAGUGUUAUUGAUGGUGAUUUGUAUUCUUCUAUGAGCGAGAGUGAAGAAGAAGGUGUUGAGAACUCAUUUUUCAAAGGUGGUGAAUCUUCAAGUUCAGUACAUGAUGCACAAUAUUGUGAUGAUAUAAUUGGAGAACAUGUAUAUAAGCCAUAUGUACCUGUUCAACUUAUUCCAUUUAAGGGUUUAAUCUUCAAAUCAUUAAAGUUGGCUAUCAAAAUGUAUUCUGAGUAUGCUGAAAUUGGUGGUUUUGAUGUUAGACUGAGCACACAGUCAAUGUUUGAUAACAAGAUUAUAAAGAAGAAACAUGUUAUAUGUAAUCGUGGUGGUAAACAGAAAAAGAAAUCUUGUGACACAUUAGGUACAAGUGGUGUUAGGAGGAAACAAAAUUCAAAUUCAAGAGCUAUUGUUUGUCAAGAAAAGAUUAUAUUUGAAUCUGUGUAUGGAACUCCAGAUUAUAAAGUUUUUCAGUUUGAUGAACUUCACAACCAUCCACUUGAGAAGAGAGGCAAUUUAAAAAAAGCGAGACAAAUAUCAUAUUCAGAAAAAGAGUUUAUUGUGUGUGCUUCCACAUCAAAAAUAGGUCCAAGUAUGGCUCAUAAGUUGAGGGCAAGUUUGAGAGGUGGGUAUGAGUUUGUAAAGCCAAAAGUAGUUGACUAUAAAAAUUUAAGGAGAGAUAUCAACAGGGUUAUUGGUUAUAAAGAUGCCCAAAUGAUAGUAAACAUAAUGAAUGACCGUCGAGCUCACUAUCCAAAUUACUCAUUUGAGUUUAAUCGUCAAGAUGAUGUUUUGGACUGUAUGUUUUGGGCUGAUGAAAUGGAGAAUGCAUAUUAUGUUGAAUUUGGUGAUGUUAUCUCGUUUGAUGCGACUUUCCGAACAAACAAGUAUCAAAUGCUUUUUGUUCCGUUUACUGCUAUUGACCAUCAUAAAAAAUCGGUUACUGUUGGAUCUGGGUUGCUAAGCAAUGAAAGCAUUGAGUCUUACUCUUGGUUGCUUAAAGCAUUUCUUAAAACUCAUGGGAAAGAACCAACACUUGUUUUAACCGAUCAAGAUGCCACAAUAAAACAAGCUGUUGAGAAUGUGUUUCUUGAAAAAAGAUAUCAUAUGAUUUAUUUACUAACACAGACUUUAGAAAAAGGUUUUCGAAGCUUGUUUGGGACAUUAAUAUCAGUUUUUGAGGUGAAGUGGGGUUUGCUUAUGAAGGAAUUCAAUCUUGAAGACACAAGAUGGUUUAAAGACAUGUUUACAAUACGUGAUUCAUGGAUACCUGGAUAUUUUAGUGAUAUUCCAAUGUGUGGUUUGAUGAAGACUACAUCGAGGUCAGAGAGUAUGAAUUCAUUCUUUAAUACAUACUCAGAAAGUGGGAACUUACUUUUGAAUUUCAUGAUGAAUUACGACACUACCAUUCAAAAGCAAAGGAAUACUCAACGAGAGCUUGAUAAGGCAUCAAAGAAAGCAUCAUAUAAAAUGCAAACACCUCGAGAAAUAGAACUGCAAGCAUCAAAGGUUGAAAUAAAAGCUGAAGAGAAAGAAAUAAAUUGCAGUUUGAACAUUUUAAGCGUAUGA